GCCCUGAGGGGCAAGGCCUCCUUGUCAUCAUGGCAGCCUCUUGCAGGAGGAAGGGAGCCCUGCUGGGGCCUUCCUUCCUUCUUUCCUGAAGAGGCGCCAUGCUUUGACUGAUGUCUUUAAAGAGACCCGCAACGGGUCUCGCCUUCUGCUUGUUCUUCUUGGCUUCUUAUAUCACCAACAAGUAUGUCUUGUCUGUCCUGAAAUUCACCUACCCUACCCUUUUCCAAGGAUGGCAGACACUAGUAGGUGGAUUUCUCCUACACAUUUCCUGGAAGAUCGGCUGGGUGGAAAUUUGCAUCAGCUCAAGGUCUGAAGUUCUAUCAUGGCUUCCAGCUUCUGCACUUUUUGUGGGCAUUAUUUAUUCAGGUUCCAGGGCCUUAUCCAGAUUGCCAAUUCCUAUCUUUCUUACCUUACACAAUGCUGCAGAAGUUAUAACAUAUGGAAUCGAAACAUUUGUGCAGAAAGAGCAAAUAUCUGCCAUAAAGAUAUGUAGAAUGCUGAUUCUUCUGGUAGCAGCAGGUUGCCUUCCCUUAUAUGACCCACAGUUUGAUACAGAUGGCUAUUUUUGGGCUUUCAUGCAUGUGCUAUCUGUUGGUGCUUACAAAGUGUAUCAUAAGUCAUGGACACCUAGUUCCCUAAGUAUCUCAGAACAACAGUAUAUAAACUAUGCAUUCAGUAUGGUGAUGUUGGCUUUUGCAUCCCACCCAACAGGUGAUCUCUUCAGUGCCUUGGAAUUUCCAUUCCUUUACUUCUACAGGUUUCACAGCAGUUGCUUUGCUAGUGGAGUACUGGGAUUCUUUCUGACUUUUCACACAAUGAAACUUAAAAACAACACAUCCACAGGACAGUAUGCAGCUUGGAGUUUCCUAGCAAAGGUUAUCACAGCUGGCCUAUCCCCACUUUUCUUUGAGAUUACAAUGAAUGUACCAACAGCCUGUUGCCUUUUGCUUGGUGGAUUUGCAGAAGUCUUGCUGCUCUACAUUGAAAGGACUGGCACAUGAAUGUGAGGGCUGAGUAGGGGUGAUGAUGAAGAAGAAAAUAGCUAAAUAAAUUCCAUCUGAAGCAAUGGAGAAAAAACAAAAAUAAAUGUAAGCAAAAAUAGUAGCUACAGUGAUGGUGUGCAGGCAGGCAAUUUGGGUACUGUGCAGUCCUACACAUAUCUACUCAGAAGUAAGUCCCAUUGUACUCAGUGAGACUUACUCCCAGAUAAAGGUGUAUAGGACUGCAGUCUUAAUGCCACGUGCUUCAUUCUUCUGCACCUUAUAGUGCUUUGAAUUGCAAGAUGAAGGUUCAUUAGUGGUUAUGUCAGCUGUAUUGCCACUGUAGAAGCUCAACUGGGCUGAAAUCUCUCCUUCUUUAAAAUCAUUUAUGCAUUCCUUGCUAUAUGUAAUAUGCCUGUUCUGCUCUGUCACUCUCAUUCAAGAUACAAUUGUCGCUCUUUACCAGGAAAUGGAAUAUAUUACUAUAUUCUCCCUUAUAGAACAGAGUGAGCAAAAUCUUUGUGCCAUUGACAAAUUACAGGGGUGGCAGUACAGUGCGCCCUUGCAAUCUGUGGGAGAUCUGUUCUGGCCCCACCCCAGAUAGCAAAAAAUACGGACCUUAAGUCCUGUUCUCUUCAGUGGAUGCACACACGCUCAUUGAAAAAGCUGGGGCCUGCCGUUCAUGAAAGCUCAAACCAUGGAUGGCAAGCCUGCAGUUGGCGGGGUGCACUGUAUUUCUUUUUAGCCUACUGCACACAUUACUGGUAUGUUUAUUCCUUCUCUUGUUACUUCAGCAAAGUGGGUUAAAGGUAAGACGUUAGCUGAGGAAUUAUGGGAGUUGUAGUGUGGUCCUCUUGUGAAUUCCUUGCUCUGCAAUCCUAGAAAUUUAAGUUUCUUGAAAUUUCUGUUACAGUAGUAAAAAAGUAAAUUUUCCCAGCUUUGGCAUCUGAUCCAAGCUAUUAAACAGUUGAAGGUACCACAAGGUUUUAAAAACAGGGUUAUUUUAUCCUAUUAUGAAUGUUCUAUUUUUCCAUCAUUCUUCACCAUUGGCCAAGCUAUGGGGCUGAUGGGAAUUGAAAUCCAGAAAGAUUUGGAGAGUAAAAAAUGUGUGAGCUCUGGUGAAGAGAGGGAAACAAUUGACGUGCUACAGUCACCUUUGAUGUCAUGACCAUUUGAUGAUUGCAUUGUUAAGUUUAAAGUUACAGUGGUGCCUCGGGUUACGAAAGUAAUUCGUUCCGCGGCCGCUUUCGUAACCCGAAAAGCCUUCGUAAGCCGAAUUGCCAUAGGCGCUAAUGGGGAAAAGCCGCGAUUCCG